AUGAGCCAGGAUGAUACACCGUUUGCUUUCCCAGGCGUGCACGAGUUUGCUCCGUUCUACACGCUUCAGCCGAAUCCAGAAACAGCAGCUAUUCAAGUGGAUUUGUGGGCACGCUUAAUCUUAUCAUUUUGUGCGGCUCAUCACCGCUUUCAAUUGGAAGUUGGCGGUGCAUGGGAGCGUGAAUCGGAUCUGUUUUGUCAUCGAGGUCUAGAUCGCGCAUUAUCGCCAGACACGGUACGGUUGAUUUUCGCGUACAUGGUUGAGAAGGGACGCGCAGCAUACGAUCCUCCUCUACCUCGCGGAUACAAGGUACCGAGAGUCGGGCAAGUUGAUGCAGAUCGUCGGAUGCAUGCUCUGAGUGUGGCUGGGCUGCGAACUUUGCCGGCCCUCCAAGUGGAGCCUGGUAGUAAGAUCUGGGUCUACUGGAACACACCAACCGAAUGGGGCGAUCAACUGUAUGAGUGGGUCAAGCAGACUGGGCAAAACAGGUCUGUAUUGACUUUGUAUGAGCUUCAGCAAAGCACAUUUGUCCAGCGUGAGCAAUUGCCGCCGGCCAUGCUCAUGCGCGCCCUCGAGACACUCGUGGCCAGAAAAUGCGCACAAAUCUUUGAAGGUACAGAACCUACAGACGGAGGCGAUCAUGAAAAUCUCGGUGUCAAGUUUGUUUGA